GGGCUAUAGCUAUUCUCUUCCUUUUCGUAGUCAUGAUGCUUGAUAUUAAGCUAGAGGAGGUUGCCGAGGUGCAAUCCCCCCAUUACCCCAUAGCCGCUACCGUGGGAGUCUCAUUUACCUGGUUCUUAAUUAAUCCUCUAUACGCUAUUGACUCUAACAAAUAUUGGUCUCUCUUUGAUUCAUUGAAUCUACUCUCUAUCGACGACGGGCGUAUUGGGUAUGUUAAUCCGGCUACCUCCACGUGGAGCACUGGUUUUCAUCCCUUCGAGCAACUCCAAAGUAUAG